AUGGAAGGUGUCGUUGUCAGGAGGGUCAUCCCUUCGGAUAACAGUUGCCUCUUCAAUGCUGUGGGCUACGUUAUGGAGCACAACCGGAAUAAGGCUUCUGAGCUCAGACAGGUCAUAGCAGCAACAGUUGCUAGUGAUCCCGAGAAAUACAAUGAAGCAUUUCUUGGCAAACCAAAUGAAGCAUAUUGUGCUUGGAUUUUGGAUCCUGAAAAGUGGGGAGGAGCCAUUGAACUUUCUAUUCUAUCCGAAUAUUACGGGCGUGAAAUUGCGGCAUAUGACAUUCAGACCACCCGCUGUGAUCUCUAUGGUCAGGAGAAGAAUUAUAGUGAAAGGGCCAUUCUCAUUUAUGAUGGAUUGCAUUACGAUGCUCUCGCUAUGUCUCCAGCUGAAGGAGCACCAGAAGAAUUUGACCAGACAAUCUUCCCUGUCAAUCAUAACCGUUCCAUUGGUCCAGCAGAAGGCCUUGCCCUCAACUUAGUGAGGGAGGCGCAAAGGAAGAGGAGCUAUACUGACACUGCAAACUUCACUCUGCGCUGUGGGGUGUGCCAGAUCGGCGUUAUCGGUCAAAAGGAGGCUGUCGAACAUGCGCAAGCCACUGGCCAUGUUAACUUCCAAGAAUACAAAUGA